AUGGAAGAUAAUACAGAUUUUGAGCCUUUGGAACCUUCCCUUCGUAAUGUGAUUGAACAGAAAUCACUUCGGUGGAUAUUUGUUGGUGGUAAAGGUGGUGUAGGAAAAACGACAUGCAGUUGCAGCCUUGCAGUUCAAUUGUCGAAGGUUCGAGAGUCGGUGUUAAUUAUUUCUACGGAUCCGGCUCAUAACAUCUCUGAUGCAUUUGAUCAGAAGUUUUCUAAGGUUCCAACCAAAGUUAAAGGCUUUGACAAUUUAUUUGCAAUGGAAAUUGAUCCAAAUGUGGGAUUAACAGAAUUGCCCGAAGAGUAUUUCGAAGGUGAAACUGAAGCCAUGAGACUUGGUAAAGGGGUCAUGCAAGAGAUAGUGGGUGCAUUUCCUGGCAUUGAUGAGGCUAUGAGUUAUGCGGAGGUGAUGAAAUUAGUUAAGGGAAUGAAUUUUAGUGCUGUGGUUUUUGACACUGCUCCAACAGGGCACACACUACGUCUUCUUUCAUUUCCUCAAGUUGUUGAAAGAGGUCUUGGGAAAUUGAUGCGUUUGAAAUCCAAGGUGGCUCCAUUCAUUAACCAGGUUGCAACUUUAUUUGGGCUUGCAGAAUUUAACUCUGACAUGUUUAGCAACAAAAUGGAUGAAAUGUUGUCGAUUAUAAGGCAAGUUAAUGCUCAGUUCAAAGAUCCAAAUCAGACCACUUUUGUUUGUGUUUGUAUUGCGGAAUUUCUGUCAUUAUAUGAAACAGAACGCCUUGUUCAAGAACUUACACGCUGCGGAAUUGACACACACAAUAUAAUUGUUAAUCAACUGUUGCUGCGCUCCUCUGCCCCUUGCGAACUUUGCGCGGCCAGACAUAAAGUGCAGGAGAAGUAUUUGGAGCAAAUUGCAGAUUUGUAUGAGGACUUCCAUGUAACAAAACUUCCAUUGUUAGAAAAGGAAGUACGAGGGGCGGCCGCUGUUAAUGCUUUCUCUGAGUAUUUAUUGAAGCCUUAUGUCCCUCCCACAACAACAUAG